AUGGUUUCACUCAAUACCACACUAUAUCAUCCCUAUUCUUUUCUCCUUCUGGGGAUCCCUGGACUGGAAAAUAUGCAUAUGUGGAUUGGGUUUCCUUUCUUUGCUGUGUUUAUGACAGCUGUGCUUGGAAAUAUCAGCAUCCUUUUUGUGAUUCGGACUGAGAGUAGUCUCCACCAGCCCAUGUUCUACUUCCUGGCCAUUCUAUCAUCUAUUGACCUGGGUCUGUCCACAUCCACCAUCCCCAAGAUGCUUGGCAUCUUCUGGUUCAACCUGAGAGAGAUCACUUUUGAGGGCUGCCUCAUCCAGAUGUUCUUCAUCCACCUGUGCACUGGCAUGGAGUCGGCUGUGCUUGUGGCCAUGGCCUAUGAUCGCUAUGUGGCCAUCUGUAACCCUCUGCGCUAUACAUUGGUGCUGACAAACAAGGUGGUGUUCAACAUUGCAUGGAUAAUCCUGCUGAGACCUUUGUCUUUUGCCAUACCUUUUGUUCUACUCAUCCUAAGGUUACCAUUUUGUGGUAACCAAAUUAUUCCACACACUUAUUGUGAACACAUGGGUAUUGCUCGCCUAUCCUGUGCCAGCAUCCGGGUUAACAUCGUCUAUGGCUUAUGUGCCAUCUCUAUCCUGGUGUUUGACAUCAUUGCCAUUGUUAUUUCCUAUGUCCAGAUCCUUCGUGCCGUAUUUCGACUCUCUUCCCACAAUGCCCGGCUCAAGGCACUCAGCACCUGUGGCUCUCAUGUGUGUGUCAUGCUGACUUUCUAUACCCCUGCGUUUUUUUCAUUCAUGACCCAUCGUUUUGGCCGGGAUAUACCACGCUAUAUUCACAUUCUUCUAGCCAAUUUCUAUGUAGUCAUUCCACCUGCCCUUAACCCUGUAAUUUAUGGUGUCAGAACUGAACAGAUUAGGGAACAAGUGUUGAAAUUUUUUUCCAAGAAAUAA